UCCUUCCUGUUUCACCAGAGGGACACGUGCAAGGUUUAACAUCUCUGAGUUGAGAGGGGAAGGCUUCAAACUUCAGCUUUUGUACUCCUCCGUUCGGUUUACAGAUUUCAUUUUCCCGUGGAAGGCUUUACUGAAUAAGCAGCCAACAUGGUGAAGCCUCAGUUUAAGGGAAAGAGCUCGAUAAACCCCUCUACUUCCAGCAGCAACCCCGAUCGAGCCAAAGGUGCAGGCGGGAACAACAUGAGGGACCGAACAACUAUCAAGCGGCUGAAUAUGUACAGACAAAAGCAACGAUGUAACAGCCGAGGUAAAGUUAUCAAACCUUUACAGUACCAGUCUACUGUAGCUCCAGGAACCGUUGCCAGAGUUGAACCCAACAUCAAAUGGUUCACAAACACCCGGGUGAUAAAGCAGUCGUCCCUCCAGAGGUUUCAGGAUGAAAUGGGCGCAGUGCAGAAGGAUCCGUAUCGUGUGGUGAUGAGGCAAAGCAAGCUGCCCAUGUCUCUUUUGCAUGACAGAGCUAAAGCCCACAACUCUAAGGUGCACAUUCUAGACACUGAGGGUUUCGAGACCACGUUUGGACCUAAGGCUCAGAGGAAGCGUCCCAUUCUCAUGGUUGGGGAUGUGAAGGACCUCGUCGAGAAAGCAGAGGCUUCAGCGCUGACCUAUGACGCAGACAAAGACACAAACCUGGUGACGGAGGACACGGGCGUCCGGGAUGAAGUUCGUGAAGAGAUUUUCAAAAAGGGUCAAUCAAAGAGGAUCUGGGGGGAACUGUACAAGGUGAUCGACUCGUCUGAUGUCAUCAUCCAAGUGCUGGACGCCCGUGAUCCCAUUGGUACCCGCUCCAAGAGCAUCGAGACGUAUCUGAAGAAAGAGAAAUCCUGGAAGCAUCUCAUCUUCGUGCUGAACAAGUGUGACCUCAUCCCUACCUGGGUCACGAAACGGUGGGUUGCCGUUUUGUCCCAAGAGUACCCGACUCUGGCUUUCCAUGCCAGCCUGACCAACUCGUUUGGGAAAGGCUCUCUCAUUCAGCUCCUCAGGCAGUUUGGGAAGCUCCACACAGACAAGAAACAGAUAAGCGUGGGCUUCAUUGGGUAUCCAAACGUGGGAAAGAGUUCAGUUAUCAACACCCUGCGGUCCAAGAAGGUCUGCAAUGUGGCGCCCAUUGCUGGAGAAACAAAGGUGUGGCAGUACAUCACCCUGAUGAGGCGCAUCUUCCUCAUCGACUGCCCCGGUGUUGUUUACCCAUCAGAGGACAGUGAGUCUGAUAUUGUCCUAAAAGGAGUGGUUCAAGUGGAGAAGAUUAAAAACCCAGAAGAGCACAUCGGUGCGGUACUGGAACGAGCCAAACCAGAGUACAUCCAGAAGACUUACCGUAUCCCGACAUGGAGUUCUGCCGAAGACUUUCUUGAAAAGCUGGCAUUUCGUACUGGAAAGCUUCUAAAGGGAGGUGAGCCCGAUCUGAGCACGGUCUCCAAAAUGGUGUUAAAUGACUGGCAGAGAGGACGGAUCCCUUUCUUUGUGAAGCCGCCUGGACCUGAGGGAGAUCCAGAUAAUGAAAAACCAUUGCCCGUCGAAGGACCACCUUCUGCGGUGGAGAACGUUCAGGAGGAACAGCAGGAAAAUCCGAGCGCCGUCUCAGGGCAACCGGAGGAGGAGCAGCAGCAGCGAAAGAAAGAGCAGGUCCAGAAGCUCCUUGCUAAUGUCCGACAGAACUUCGGCAAGAUCAACGUCGCGCCGGAGUUCACCGAGGAAGAUUUGGUCCCAGUGGAGAUGCCAGACCUAGAUAUGUCUGACUUUUCUGGUUCUGACGUCGGUGAGGAUGCUGACGAAGACGGUGAGGAAGAGGAGCCCAGUGUAGAGGCAGCUGAUGGAGACGCUGAGGUCUCUGAGGACACAACAGCUCAGACCGACACGGCAAAAGACAAGAAGAGUUUACGGGAGGUCAUCCGUGAGCACGAUGAGAAAAUUGCCAAGUACAAGCAGUUUCUAGACCGAGCAAAAUCCAAGCGCUUCUCUGCAAUCCGAAUACCAAAGGCCCUCUCUGACAAAGUGUUCACAGACCUCAAGGCCAAACAGGAAGCAGCAGCUAAACAAGAACAGAAGAAAGAGGAUCAGUCAACCGCUACAAACCAGAAAAGCAAGAAGAGGAAAAUGGAUGAGGACGAUGAGUCCAUGCAGCAGCACAGGCUUACAUCUAAACAGAGAAGAGCACUGGAACGCGCUCAGAAGGGGAAGAAGGUCGGUGUGCGUUACUACGAAACGCACAACGUGAAAAACAAGAACAAGAGCAGAAAGGCUCCAGCACCAACUGCAGAAAGUCGUGGGGCUAAAAGAUCAAAGCACUAGACUGGCAAUAAACACAAAUGUAUUUAAAUUAGCCAAGUUGGCAUUUUAUUACAUUUUAUUGAAAUGACAAAUUGGUUAAACGUAAAGCUAAACCACGGCGUGUCUUUUUCCUGUGGUCACGCGGUGCCUCACUUUGACUACCAGGAAACGGCUGCACCCGCCCCUCUCAACUCUUCAGUCACGUGUAACUCAUAUUUUACAAGUGAGCCGCUCUCUUGACAUUCAAGAGAAAUGUGCAGUUUGUUAACUGCUUGAAAUAUAGCUGUCGUGCUGUAAAAAUAAAUUGCAAAAACGGUC